AACCAGUGUGCGCGUAUGUGUGUGAGAGAGAGAGAGCCUCUUUACGAUCACAAUCCGCGGCCCGCAGUCUUAUCGUCCGCACGAUGGCUCGCGUACCACCACUGUCAUGUCUCAUCGUACUGCCACUGAUCACGCUUUACGCGACAUAUCACGUAAACGCAACUAUUUUUGUGCCUGAAGAAAUCCCAUCGUUGUUGUCUGUAGUGUACAGUAACAUGCCACCGAUCAAGAAAGGUACCGACUCGAAACUGGGCGUGGGUUUUCGGUUGGGUCCGAACGCAGACGUGCAGUUCCAGCUGGAACUUGGGCCGCAGACCAACACGUUACCCAUCGGUGGCAGUGCAGGGGCGAACACUGCCUCCGCACCCGCAGUGGCGAAUAAGAGGCACGCGACCGUCGGACAGGGCAGUGGCGGCAAGCCAAAGGACUGGCUGAACGCGUGGCGGUUGCAGAUGAGUCCUGGGUACGUGGUGGACGAUGAAAGCCAUAAUGUUGUCUCCGGUGAAGUGAUGGGCAGCAGUGGUGGCGGGUCCUUGGACGCGGUGGCGCACUUAAGACAGCUAUACAAACCACAACCGAUUACCGCAUAGCCGGAAACACUGCAAUGUAGACACUAGUUGUAGUAGUGUAUAGUACACUAGGCUAUUAAUUAUUAUGCAUUUAAUUUACACCAAACGAUAUUUAUUUUUUCCAUUCCCCCGUUGUUUUGUAAACGCAGUACAGGUUGAUAUUUAGGUAUUUAUUAGUAUUGUUAGGUAUUGAUAAUUUAUAUAUUAUGUACAUAUUAAGUAGUUAUAAUAUCAUUGUAAUUGUAAUCGGAAGACCUCUUGAAAUAAAUAAUAAAUAAAAAUUUUA